UCUACAAAACCUCUGCAGCAUCCCAGCUGAUGCCCCAGCAUUCAGCUCCUGCCAAGAGGACCGACACAAGAGGAAGAAAAUCAGCCCUUUGCAAUUCCAUCACAGAGCAAGGAGUAGGAGGAGUCAAUCGAGUGAGAGAGUGAUGCUCCCAGCAGGUGCCAACAAGUGAGAGGUAGCCCAGCGACUGAGAACGAAGGGAGAUGGAGAAGAGUCUGUGAGAGCAGAAUACGCCCAGAGCUCUGAGGAGACAAACGACAGCCACUGUAUUUUCAGUCCUCCAGCUCCAGUUGUUCGUGUCUGUCUCUGCUGCCAUGCUGUGUCCUGCGCUGCUUUGUGCCACCCUGCUCCUCCUGACACCCCUGGAGAUCACAGAGGCUCGCGCUCUGCACCCUUCUCCUGAUGCUGUGCAGUUCAUGGAGCAGUUUCUGGAACGCUACAAUGACCUUUUGACCCUGGACGACCUGGAGAACCUGUUGAAUAGCCAACCGGAGGAGCAGUCCACCUUCUCCUCAGGGGUCAAAGCAGCCGAGUACCCCAAAUGGGCUGAUGGCCAAACGCAGGCUGAGACCCCCUGGCUGCGCCUGCUGAAGGGGGCUGUGGCCAAUCAGAAGCGCGCAGAACCGGACCGGUCAAGGAGGGGCUGGAACCGAGGAUGCUUUGGGCUGAAACUGGAUCGGAUCGGGUCCAUGAGCGGGCUGGGCUGUUAGUGGAGAGAGAAGCGAAAAUAAAGACUGAUGGCAUAAUUCUUAGGUAUUAUAGGGGAAAACACACAUGCAGUGAAGAGUGUUCACGUGUGUGUAGGCUACAUGUAGUAUGGUGUAAACUCGCGGCAGUGUUAAUGUGGUUUCAUCCAGCGUACAGAUACCAUAGAUCAGACGCUUCACUCUAUUGUGGCUGUUUUAACAGAGCAGCUGUAGUUUAUUCCAUGUUUAAGUAUUAAACUGAAUAUUAGAACAUGUGAGCUAUGUUUACAUCAAAUUAUCACCUUUUGAAUGUUGAGCUUGUUUUUAAGUAAACUGGCACUUCAUGUAUUUCUAGCUUUGUCUGCGUACCGUAGCCUAUAGAUGUAAAAGUGUUUAGGCAUUUCAUGGCCAGGGGGUCGUGCUAAAAUCAGGUGUAAUGGACGAGGAUAUCCAAUUGAUGGCACCUGUAAUUCCUGCUGUUUCAUUUUUAUGUUUACUUAUGAUUAGCAUGAAUAAAUGGAUUUGACAUUU